AUGAUUAAAAGUAACUAUAUCUUACCAUUGAAUGUGACCGUUCCACCAACAACUACAACCACACGAUCGUCCACAAUGUCAAACACAACGCCAACAACAUCCACCCCAACAACAUCCACCCAAACAACAUCAACACCAGCAACACCAACGCCAACAACAACGCCAACAACAUCCACCCCAACAACAUCCACCCAAACAACAUCAACACCAGCAACACCAACGCCAACAACAACGCCAAAAACAUCAACGCUAACAUCCACACCGUCAAUAUCAACUUCAACAAAGAAUGCGGCCAGAUCGAUUCACUCGGAGAAGACUGAAAAAAUCUUUGUUGUGCUUUUCUUUGUGAUCUAUGUGUGUCUAUUUGGAAUUUAG